AUCCCUUGAUUGUAUCAAUUAUUGUAAUCUUUUGUAAUUUCUGUCAUGAACUCAACUACCCAAAUAAAGAAUCCUAAUAAAGGAAUUUCUGUUAAUUGUAGAAUGAGUCAAGAAACCGCACACGGACAAGGCAACAGUGAACACAUAAGUGUUCACACUGAAGCAUCUAGCUUCACCCCUCCUAUCCAAAACGAGCCUAUCAACCAAGAGGAUGUUCCUCAGAACAAUGCGAAUGCUGGUGGUCAACCUGACUACGCAAUUCCUGUUUUCUUGGCAAACUUACUUCAACAAGUGGCCAAUGCUCCAAUGUUUCAACCACCACCACCGCCGCCACCGCGUGUGAUCACUUUCAAAUUUCUGAAAGAUAAUGGAGCAGAAGAGUUCCUGGGCGAUCGAAUCGCCGAACCUCAAGUUGCUUGGAAUUGGAUUGAACAAACCGCUAGAGUGUUGAGAGAUCUAAACGUACCUCUCAACGACUACCCUAGGUUCGCAGCACAGUUACUUUGUGGAGAAGCCUACGAAUGGUGGAAACGCACCGAUGAGAGCAACGAAACCCCGAAGCCAUGGACGUGGGAGUUCUUCGACUGGGCUUUCAAGAAAGAGUAUAUCCCAGCACGUUUCCGUGAAGAGCAACGUACCGAAUUUGUGGAGUUACGACAAGGAGAUAUGACGCUUCCCGAAUAUCGCCAAAAGUUUGUCAGUUUGGCCAAAUUUGCACCGACAUUAGUAAGCACCACGACUGACCGUAUUGAGGAAUUCAGGUCAAAACUCCAACCCGAUCUCAGGGCUCAAGUAUCUGUCAUACCAACGGUGGACUUCACGGAAGCCUAUGAUCUAAUUGCUAAAGCAGACAAAGAUCUGAAUGCUUGUAAGGAGUACUUGAAGAAAGAAGGUGCUAACACAAGUUGUGGAAAACCUGGACAUUUCCGAAAGAACUGUCCCACAAAUCCUGGGGAGCCAUUUUCACCUGCCUCUAUUGCUAGUCAGGCGGCAUCAACACAUCCCGCACCCAGUCAACGCUCGACUGCAGGAUCUAAUCCUGUUAAAAAUCAAAACCAACAACAAGGACGAGUGCCUGCCCGUACGUAUGCCAUGAAGGGAUGCAUUGAAGAUAACCCUGACGUCAUUCAGGGUAAGUUUUCAUUAUUCGAUACUGUCAUGCAUGUGCUGAUUGAUCCUGGAUCAACAUUAUCUUACAUCUUUGUACCUAUGCCUAACAAAGCUGACAUAUUGAAAGAAAACUUAAAACACCCUAUACUAGUGUCUAAUCCACUAGGACAUAGUAUGAGGUUAGAUUAUGGAUACCAAGAUUGUCCGUUGAUUGUCGAAGGACAACAAUUCCUUGCAAAUCUUGUUGAAUUACUGUACAAGGAAUUCGACAUCAUUCUCGGUUUUGAUAAUGCCAAACCGCCGUGACACAACAAGGCUAAAGUGAGCAAAGACCAAGGCGAAGAAACAUGACAUGAUGACAUGAGAACCAAGAACCAAGAAUCAAGGACAAAGAAUUAG